AUGUCCAACCAACACAGAGGCUUGCCUCCACCAGCGGCCAUGACCCUGCCGGAUCCAGGGAGGGCCCCGCCAAUGAUUCCCCCACCACCACCUGCUCCGGUGCAAGCGCCGGCGCAUAUCCACCACGAAGCCCAGAGGGCGCAAUGGCAGGAUGAAGGGGAAUCAUCGCGUAGUUGGCAUGCGACUCGGGUUGAAGAGGAGAGACGAAGGCAAGAGGAAGAAAAGACACGGCAAGAGUCGUUGAGGUUGGAGCAGAGACGAGUCGAACAUUCAAUGUUGAGAGAGUCAAUGCAGGGUGGCAUUCCUCCGCAUAUGGUGCCCAUGAUCUUUGCAGGAAUCGGCGGUGCCAAUCUCGCCAACUUCAGCCUCGAAGUAUUGCAACAAUACACCGCUCAACUACAGGCAGCUCAGCAACAAGUUCAAGCCUCGCAGGAAGAUGCAAGGGAACGAAGAAGCAUCAACCAGCCGCCGGCCCCGUAUGCAUUGCCUUCGCAACAUCAGUCUCAGGCUCAUGCCGGUGCUAUGCCUCAGCAGCCUCCACCACCACCGCUGGCUGCUCAUCAGUCAACUUUCUCUGCCUUUCAAUCAACAUCACCACCAGGCAGACGAGUUCCUGGAGCGCCUCGGCCAUCCGUGGCCCAAUCCUCCUUGCCUCGUUUGACGACGGGAGAUAUGCAGAUCAACCCACCUCCAUCUGCACCGAGCAGCGCUCACCCUCUGCAUCAGACUCAAACCAUCCAUCAAGACCAGCCGGCCUCGUCACCAUCCAUUUACUUCCACCACUGGGUGCCACCGACGUCACAGGCUGACUCCAAGUCGGGUAACCAGCCGCAGACUCCAGUCACAGGCACAGCUGCAUCGCAGAACUCUGAAGGCCACCACUCAGAUAGCCCUCGCAAGCGUAAGAAUCAGCAAGCUCACCAGCCACCUCCGGCCCCAUCAUCGCUUCCAGCUCAAUCUCACUCGAGCCCAAGCUUUUCUACCACUUCUUCCGGACGUAAAGGUGGACCUGCUCAAGAUCUUGCUCGUAGCAAUGCUUCGCCUCGCGCUAUUUCCGGCGCUGGUCAGACUUCUAAUCGUCGUGACAGCGGUGCUCCUGGUACGCAUCUCGACUUUGUCUAUGAGCGUGGUAUUCCGCCAAGUAAGAGCCAGCAACAGCACCAUCAUUCGUCGCAUCACUCGACUGCGCCACCGAGUCCAAAGAGAGAUGCUCGUCAUCCAUACUGA